AUGAGAAGAGGAGUGUUGCUUCAAAACCAAGGCAGAAAUGAGGAAGCGAUGCGUUGCUACAAAACAGCGAUCAGGUGCAGACCGAAACUCGCUUCGGCAUACUUGAACCUGGGUCAAUUGUACGCCAAUUCCGGCGACGCCGAUUCGGCGGCCGACGUUUGGAAAAAGUGCGCCGAAUUGGACAGCAACGGGCUGCGGGAUCCGAAGGCCCACGAAGUCGCCGCCACGGCCGCCGUUUUUCAUCUGGGGCGCCUCUACGCGGACACUGGACGCUACUUCGAGGCUAUCGAAAGCUACCAAAAUGCCAUUCGUCGGCGGCCUGUCAAUUAUCAACCUCAGGGGAUUUACAAUAUGCUGGGAGAGGCACACGCAAAAUUAGGCCAUUACGAAGAAGCCGAACGCUGGUACAAAGCAGCUCUGGAAGCAAAACCCGAUCACGUCCCGGCACAUUUGAAAUACGGCCGAAUGUUGGCUAAAAACCGAUCCCGACUAAUGGAAGCCGAGCUCCAGUUUCUGAAAGCGAAAGAACUCGCCCCAGAGGACACUUCCGUUUAUUUCCAUUUCGGGCAUGUGGGAAAAGAAUAUUUUCCUGCAAUGGGCUUAUUGCUUGCCAGAUGUUCCAGGGACCAUGAAUGGCCCCACCCGGCAGCAGCCGGUCGUCAAGGCCUUUCAUUGAAACCCCCCGAACAUUUCCAUUUCUGGGGAUAUGGGUUUCCCUUGUUAGCUGGACGAAGUUUGCUCAUGUGA